UUUUAAUAUUUGAUUAAUAAUCAUUUUGUACUGUGAAACCAGCAAUUUUAUAAAUAAAGUUUUGAAUUCAAAUAUGCUUUGUCUCACAGGAAACCGUGACGUUUUUGCAAUCGCUUCCCGUGCAUGAUAAUGACAAAACCAAAGGAAAAGCCAUGUCCUCACUGCCAAUCCAAAAACAACGCCAGCUGCAAAACCUGCAAAAAAUGUUUUGCUAGUUUAAUUCUCAAAAAAAAAAUUAAGGCAAAACAAAAAAAUAUAGAAGACAGUUCAUGGAGGUCCACCACCCAAAAACACCGCAAUGCUGCUCGUGUGGUGGAUUCUGCCCGCAUUGCUGUUAAGAAAUUGGAGGUACUAGGCUAUAAGCCGAUUUUGUUCUACUCAAGAGAGCAAAAAAAGGGAUUUACAGCCGAAGUGAUUACUUCAGUGGGUCCCUGUGCUGAGGGGCCACUUCGAAACAUAAUGGACAAAAUGACUGGCCUCUAUGAAUAUUUCAUUAAAAAUUAUCAAAGGCUUCAGAUCCACACUGCUGCUGAAUCGGAUCCUGAUGUUUGCCAGCCCCAGACUUCCUCUCCUCCUCCUCCUCCUCCUCCUCCUCCUCCUUCCUCUAGCCUUUCUACUCAUACCUCCUCUUUAUUCACUGUCCCUUCUCCAUCUUCUUCCUCCAGUGGUGCUCCUCUUACCUCCUCUUUCCACACUCUUACUUCAUCUUCCUCCAACAUUUCUUCUCCUCCUACUUCUUCUUUCUACACCAUUCCUGCUGCACCUUCGUUUGACCUUCCUCCUCCUACCCCGUCUUACAUUAGCCGCCUUCCUCCUGCCUCUUCUUCCUGCACUCUUUUUCCUCCACCACCUUCUUUAAGCACUCUUCCACUUACUUCCUCUUUCUGCACCCUUACUUCUCCAUCUUCUUCUUCCAGCAUUCCUCCUUGUACCUCUUCUUAUAUGGCACUUCUUUCUUCCGACACUUCUUCCUGCAGUUUUCCUCAACCACCAACUUCUUUAUCCACUUUUUCUCCUACCUCUACUUUAUACACUCCUUCUCCUCCAUCUUCAUCCUCCACCCUUAUUCCUCCUACGUCAUCUUUUAUCCCUCUUCUCACCCCUACAUCUUCUCCCAACCUUUAUCCUCAUCCAUUCUCUUUUCCCAACUACCCUCCUCCUGCCUCCACCUUCUGCACUCUUCCUUUUACUUCUUCUUCUUCCAACAUUCCUCCUUCUACCUCCUCUUACAUCACCCUUCUUCCUCCUACCUCCUCCUCCUUCACUCUUCCUUCUUCACCACCUUUUGCCACUCCUCCUACCACAUCUUUACCCAUCUUUUCUCUUACCUCUCCGAGCAUGCCUGCUACCUCCCCACUUUCUACUGUAACUACAGCUACCACAUUUACUACCAAAGAUUCAGACAAUUCUUCCACAGAAAAUCCACAAACAAAAGGCAAACAACGAAAAUGGAUGUAUAAACAAAUAGAAUGCCAAGUACACCCCAGUCUCCAAACUUUUCCAUACGACAAGAUUUUAAGGAGGAGGACAACAAAAGACGGUGUUGAGGAAGUCAAAGUUAAAUGGAAGCCUUGCUCAGGAUGUGGUAUGAAAUGGGCGGACACCUGGGAGCCAUACAGCCAUACAUUCGCAGAGUAAGGAUCCAUGUUCCAUGUUUAUGGGGUUGCAUUAAGGACCUGUUGCCUGUCCUUAAAACCCAUGGUUAAAUUAAAAAAAUGUCAGUUUAUUGUUCAUUGGUUUGAUUUUUUGUAUCUUUUUUCAUUUUUUUGUUUUGUUUUGUUAAUCUGCUUUUAGCACUAAAAACGGUUUGACUGUUUUUAUUUUUUUCAGAAAAUUUAUUAUCUAAAAAUUGUUUACAAUUUUAUUGUCUAAAAAUAUAUU